UGAUGAUUUUUGUUAUUCAGAAUUUUUUUUUUUUUUUUGGUUGAGCGGCAAUCACAGAAUUCGAUUUUGCUUUUCGUGAAAAAGACAUGGCUCAACGAAAACGUAACAUUGAAUUUUCAAGGCCAGAAGAGCCAUCAUUUUUGAAAAAAAUGAAAAAUCAAAUGGGAAUCCAAAAAGAUUUUGUCACCAUCGAUACAAAGAAAGAAAAACUCAAUAAACAAGAUCUCGAAUAUCGUGAUGAAGAACCAGUUUAUGUAGUGGAUGAAUCAUCAGGAAUCAGUGAAAAAGAAUUGGAAAUGUUUAAAGCGAAAACAAAACAAGAGAAAGAUUAUCAAAAAGAUAAUGAAUCAUUUGAACAGCGAAUCAUAUUUAAAAAACCAGAUAAAUCAAAUACUAAUGAUGAUGAUCAAUCAGGAUCAUCAUCAACGACGACAUUUCAAACGACAAAGAAAACAAAGAAUUUUUCUCGUUCAAAUUUGGUUGAUAAAGAUCGAAUAAAAAAGGUGAAAAAUUCUAGCCUAUUAUCAUUCGAUGAUGAUGAUGAUGAUGAUGGUGAAGAUUAAUCAAUAAUCA